GGGGCUGCGAGACCGUCCGCCGGGCCGCCCGCGGCUCGUGUCUGCCGAGGCCCGGCGGGCGUGACGGGACGAGUCCGGCUCCCUCUCCGCCACGGGAGGUGAAUCCCUGUCAGAGAGGAGCCCCAGGGAACGCCCCUGGCUGUCAGCCAUGGCCGUACCUAUCGCGGUUCUUGACUGCGACCUCUUGCUCUAUGGCCGCGGACACAGGACUCUGGAUCGCUUCAAGCUGGAGGAUGUCACGGAUGAGUAUCUAGUAUCCACGUACGGCUUUCCCCGACAGUUCAUUUGCUACCUGGUGGAUCUCCUGGGAGCCACUCUCUCGCGCCCUACACAGCGGUCCAGGGCCAUCAGUCCAGAGACGCAAAUACUCGCUGCGUUGGGUUUCUAUACCUCUGGCUCCUUCCAGACUCGCAUGGGCGAUGCUAUUGGCAUUAGCCAAGCCUCGAUGAGCCGCUGCGUCGCCAACGUAACCGAGGCACUGGUGGAAAGAGCCUCACAGUUCAUUCACUUUCCUAAAGAUGAAGCUACUGUACAGACCCUGAAGGAGGGCUUUUAUGGGCUGGCAGGAAUGCCGGGAGUGCUGGGGGUGGUGGACUGCACCCACGUGGCAAUCAAAGCACCAAAUGCUGAGGACCUGUCCUAUGUGAACCGAAAGGGUCUCCAUUCCCUGAACUGCCUCAUGGUGUGUGAUUCCAGAGGAGUCCUCCUUAGUGCUGAAACGCACUGGCCAGGCAGCCUGGCUGACUGCACGGUGUUAGAGCAGGCAGCCCUCACAAGCCAGUUUGAAACUGAGCUGCAUAAAGAUGGCUGGCUACUUGGUGACAGCUCCUUCUUGCUGCGGACGUGGUUGAUGACCCCUCUGCACAUCCCCGAGACGCCUGCGGAGUACCGCUACAACAUGGCCCAUUCCGCCACUCACAACGUCAUUGAGCGCACCUUCAGGACCAUCCGGUCGCGGUUCCGCUGCCUCGACGGCUCCAAGGGCACCCUGCAGUAUUCUCCAGAGAAGUCCAGCCACAUCAUCCUGGCCUGCUGCGUGCUUCAUAACAUCUCCCUGCAACACGGACUGGACGUGUGGUGUGCGCCGGCCGCAGGACACAUGGAGCAGUCGGAAGAGGAAUACGAGCAAAUGGAAUCAGUGGACUCGGAAGCCUGUCGUGUUCGUCAGGAACUUUUACUUACUCAUUUUAGCUGAAGUUGUGACAGAGGGAAGGCUUCUAACAGUUCAUCUGGGAAGUUAUUUGGGGCAAAUAUGCCCCCUCCUCUUCUUUAAGCCUAUAGAGAGAGACUUAAGGACUUGUGAGACGAGAAGAAAUUUACUCUCUUCUUUUCAGGCAAAUUUCUGAACUUCUCUCAGUCUCUGCAGAGAUUCAAUUUAAUUGGUACAUUUUUGCUAUCGUGCUUAGAGACGCCCCUUUCACUUGACUUAGAGAACAGUGACUAAUGUGACAACAGUGGGAAAAUUAGGGAAAUUGUCUUUUACAGUGAUUUUACAGUGAUGGAAAAUCUGUGGAAAACCUUGCACUGUUUUACAAAGCAACAAUUCUAUUCCACUGUGUAACUCAAAACACUUAUGAUUGAUUUUUUAAGCAGUAUUUUGCAC